AAUAGCUCCAAAGAGAAAGUAGAAGUCCAAAUAUACAUAUGAUAGCGUAAAGAAAUAUAGUGCAUGUUAAGAAGACGUUACAUUAGAUUUAUUUAGAAUGGCUGAUUACGAACAGGCUUUAACAUCUUCUAUUCAUCAGUUAAAGUAUGAACAAGCUGAUUUGGUGAAAUCUGAUGUGUUGAAUGCAUUUAGUGUCUUUGUCGACUUGGAACAUACAGAGGAAAUAUUUGUGUAUGAAGACGGAUAUCGGAAGAAACUUCUAAAACUGAAAGGAACUGUACCUGUUCACUUUGCAGGUUCGGAGUACAAUGUCCCAAUUUCUAUAUGGCUAAGCAAACGACAUCCAUUUAGACCACCCAUAGUGUAUGUAACACCUACCUCUCGGAUGCAUGUCAUGUCUGGCAACUUCGUUGACAUGAAUGGGAAAGUUAAUAUACCAUACCUUACUGACUGGAAUUACCCGAGCUCCGAUCUGCUGAGUUUGAUACAAAUUAUGACAACUGUAUUCUCGGAUGAACUUCCCGUGCGCGGUAAAUCUUUAUCCAAAUCUUGCAAUUGUGAUAUGUCACAGAGUGCACGUGCUGCUUUAAAUCCAGAAGGCUCAGAAAGUGAAGUACGUGUGCACACUGCUGGAACGGAACAUGGUAGAAACAGUCCAGGAGUUUCAUCUGAUGAUAUAGCUUCGUUUGAACUCGCCGGUGAAGUACAUGGUAGACUAAGCUCACGUGAUCCGAACAGAUCCACGUAGAAGAUUGAUACUUCCUCACGAUGAUGCCUAGAUAUUAUAGAUGAAGCACGGUGCUAUUGCUAUAAGGCUAUUUUCCGACAAAAAACUGCAGCAAGUACCAGAUGAUUAUAACAUAGGACCUAAAUUUAUAAUAUGUUUAAAAUUCCUGUUUUUUUUAAAGUACGAACAUCAACAUAAUAAUACAUUGAUCAUGUUGAUUUAAAUAUUAUAAGCAUAUUUGUAAUUGAGAAACAAUAAAUAUGUCCCUUUAUUUUAUCAGUUAAUAAAAUAUUGGCAUGAGCUCGGAUGCGUAAUAAUUAAAUCACGAAUGCUUAGCACGAGUGAAGUCAUUAUUUACAUUCAAGCGUUUGAUACAAUUGUUCAUGGACAAACGGAGUGGUUUAAAUCUUAUUUAUCAGGUUAUAAUAGGUUACAAAUACAUUGUUUGCAUUCAAUGUGGCGUUCUUCAGGGAAGUAUACUAGAACCUAGCUACAUGAGUGUUAUGUCGAUGUAUGAGUAUAACUAUGUAUAAUUCUAACAUGGCUCGAUUUGAUUUCCAGUUAAACAAAGAAGGAUAUCAAGCUCUGCAUAUUCUGCGAUAAACAGCGGUUAACGCGCGGACCGGUAAGAGUGCAUUAUGACGUCAAUUAUGACGUCAAAUUACCGCAUGACGUCCGAUACAUUACUACUCGGGUAAAUAGAGUCCAGCAUAAUACUUAUUAAAAUAUGUCAAUGAGCAUGUCAGAAUGAAAACAAUCAAGGCCUACUUUUGAUUUAUCGUCUAAUUUACCACGGUUCAUCGUUCAGAUGCUUCAGUAUUCAGAUGCUCUCGUGGUUCAGUUCCUACGCAUCUGAACUCUGAACCGUGGUAAAUCAGACGAUAAACCACUCGAAGGCCUUGAUUAUUUGUUAAGUGAAAACUGUUACUAAGUUUCAUAUGCAGAUCAUAAUUAUGCAUGUCAUUAUGCUGUCUUUUUUCUCAUGAAACUAUCCUAAAACCAUCAUCAAUGUUCUUGAAUAUGAAUAAAUUGUAGUAUUGUUAAUGAGUUGUCGAAAAUAAAUCUUUACCUCUUUGUUAAA